AUGACGGUUGUGUGUGCAGUGGCAGCUGUCCGGUUCUUGGUCUUGCUAGCAGCGAUGGCUUUUUGCAGCCUCCCUCUGCUUGGAGUCAGCGCCACCUUGAACUCGGUUCUCAUCAAUUCCAACGCUAUCAAGAACCUGCCCCCACCGCUGGGUGGCGCUGCGGGGCAGCCGGGUUCGGCCGUCAGCGUGGCGCCAGGAGUUCUGUAUGAGGGUGGAAACAAGUACCAGACUCUUGACAACUACCAGCCCUACCCAUGCGCAGAGGAUGAGGAGUGUGGCACUGAAGAGUACUGCUCCAGUCCCAGCCGCGGAGGUGCGGGUGUGGGCGUACAGAUCUGUCUCGCUUGCAGAAAGCGCAGGAAACGCUGCAUGAAGCAUUCUAUGUGCUGCCCCGGGAAUUACUGCAAAAACGGAAUAUGCAUGCCUUCUGACCACAGCCAUUUGCCGCGAGGGGAAAUUGAGGAAAGCAUCGUGGAAAACCUUGGUAACGACCACAGCACUUUGGAUGGCUAUCCCAGAAGGACCACGCUGACUUCAAAAAUAUACCACACCAAAGGACAAGAGGGCUCUCUCUGCCUCCGAUCCUCAGACUGUGCCAUGGGGCUGUGUUGCGCGAGACACUUUUGGUCCAAGAUCUGUAAACCUGUCCUCAAAGAGGGGCAGGUGUGCACCAAGCACAGGCGGAAAGGCUCCCACGGGCUGGAGAUAUUCCAGCGCUGUUACUGUGGGGAAGGCUUGUCUUGCAGGAUACAGAAGGAGCACCACCAAGCCAGUAACUCUUCUAGGCUGCACACCUGCCAGAGACAUUAA